UGGUCUGUAGUUCUGUACCGCGCUGUUUUACAGGCCGCGUUGCCCAUCGGGAGGCGCCGCCGCUGGAGAUCGACGCGCAUCCUUCUUCCUCGGCGUCGGCGGCUGCUGCGUCCUCGUCCUCAUCGCCUACGGAGAGCGCUGCCAUGCAAAUCAGGGCGAAGAGAACCUGCUAUGCCGCUGCCUCAUCUGGGGCACGCGGAUGGGCCGAGCUCCCGGACGACUUGCUCCGACCCAUCAUCGCUCUCCUCAGCUCGUUCCGCGACCUCCUCGCCUUUGGUUCCACCUGUCGUCCCUGGCGUGAUUUCUCAGCGCACACGUCCUCUUUGUACCCUCUCCUCCUCCACCCGAGCACCGAGAGCCAACGGUAUCCCUGGUAUGACUGUGACUACUGGACCCUUUUCCACGAAUGCACGUGGAGAUUGGCUGAUCCUGCUGCCGCCUCAUCCUAUCCCAGUUUGCUUUCCUUGAGUGAUCUCAGGGGCAUGUUCCUUCUGCGCUGCUCCUACGGUCACCUCAUCUUCUUCGACAACAAGGGGUUCUACAUUGUUAAUGCGUUCAGUGGCGCUAAGCGGAGGCUAUCUGUUUCAGUGGCGCGUCGGGAGCGACUCUUGGUUGGAACACUAUCCUAAAGUUCCUUUUCUUAGGAUUGAACAAAUCGUGGCCUUCAAGGGCAAAACAUACACCCUGGGGUCUUUUGGGUCCUUCUGCAUCGUAUAAUUUUCGCCCUGUCUCUUAGUUCAGAAGUUUGAAAUUAUGUUUGAAGAAGAUAGAACUGAAGAUCGCUAUUGGACAAAUCAAAAAACAUGGCUUGUGGUGUGCGACGUGCUUCUCUUAAUCAAACUUGAGGCAGUAAAAAGGACAAGCUCUGAGGUUUUCCAGUUCAAGGCCUUCAAGCUCAAGUCAUUGGACGCCAAGAACAAGAAGGCAAGGUGGGAGAAGGUGGACAGGUUGAAUAACUGGGCCAUCUUUGUCAGCGCCGACGGGCGAUGCGAGGCGUUGUCGUUCAUGAACCCGGAGAGAUGGGGAGGGAGGAGCAACCACAUAUAAUUCCCAAGUUAUCAG